AUGCUGACAUGCCGGGACCGAGCAGGAAUAGAAGCGCUACAGCGCCAAGUGCUCGCGGCCGGAAAGCGUGUUCUGAUCGCUCGGUUUGGGGGCCUUGAUGGGGGCGCAGGCUGGCGCAAGGAGAUAUCACCGAUCAUCACGGCGUACGUCAAGCAGCGCCCACGACUAGGCAGCCUGCUGCUUGCAGUGGCUCUGAAAAGCAAGGUGCUGCAGCCCGACGACAUCGAGCCUGAUGCGCUUCAGGCCCUCUUCAGUAUGAUGAGCGACCGGCAAGUUGACGUGACCACGCGCAGACAUAUGGCAUAUGCAGCCGACGAGGUCGCCAGCCAGGCACCGCCUUUGCUGCUGAAUGCAGUGCUGAAGGACGGUGACCUGCAGGAGCUGGUGGUGGAAGCACUGCUUCACCACGCAAAUUCUGUCACGUGCGGCUUCCUCUUUGACGUGUGCCUCUUUGUGUUCAACGUGUGCAGGGCGGUAUGCGGCUUUGAGUCGACAGGUGCACGCCGCUGGUUUCGUGACCUGCCAUUUACUCUGAAACUCGCUGGUUACAGGGCCCAGGACAACGAUGUCAUUGUGACGGCUGUGAUGCUCCUGGUCCGAGCUGCGGUGGAGUUCAUGGAUGCAGUCGCGGAUGUGCCGGAUCACCUCGCCAAACUUUUGGUGCAACACAGUGGCUGGACAAGACCGCGCUCAGUCUCCAACCUAUUGUCCGCGAUAGUCUUGGCGCAGAUGCUGCUCAAGUUGUCGGAUGUCAGCGAAGCAGAUGCAAGGGCUUUCCUUUCCAGACUUGCUGCGUUCACCCCAUCACAGCAUGCCCGCCAAAUUAUGUUGGUGGUCCAGCACGUGCACGCGGCCACAUCCCCGCAAGACGUACAGCCUCUAUUUGGCAUGCUGGCUUUGCAGUUUGCAGCCAUGUCAAAGCAGCAGACGUCACAGUUUCUGCUCUGCCGCAGUUACCCUCACGACAUGGUGCUGGGUCAGCGACUCGUCGACGCUGAUCUUCGACGUUUGGCCGUCCAAGCCGGCUCGCGCUACCUGCUCGCACAGGACGCACCAGGCUGCGACACCGAUGCGACUCUGCUGUUGCUUGCCGACGUGACGCCAGAAGCGGACGUGGACAACAUGGUUCGCACGCGGGUGACGCGAAUCGAAGCGGUGCUGACGAACACCGACGGAGACCGGGAAGCAGGCGGAGGCAUGGCCGCAGCGGUCGACGAUAUGCUGCUUCUGCUCCGUGACCUGGUUGCGUGCUCAUCACAUCUGUCAUACGAGGUGGCAUGCGCGACCGUCGACGUCUUGUGGACGGCUGCCCAGCUGCAUGCGCAGGCGAGUGAGCUCAUGGUGUUGGCGGUGCGUGGCCUGACGUACCUGGCGAAGUCCAGCACACACGUCGCAGAGCGCAUGAGGCAUCGCGAUGUGGUGGCGGGUGCACUGGCUGCCGCUCGGCGAGGAGUCUCCCAGAACACACUGCAAGGCAAAGCCAUGCUGGCACAUGCCCUGGGGCUGGUGUCGGCCAUCUGCGCGUCUGAUCCCGCCCACUACGCCUCCAUGCUCGACUGUCAUGAGGGUGCUAGUGGUGUUGGGAUGCUCCUUCAGAUUGCACGCAAUGACACGGGAAAGUGCUGGGCCAGCGCACUUGGGUUGCUGAAGGACCUGCUGUACACGCCUGCGAGAGCAGAGGUGCUCCGCGUGCAUCGCCGGAUGUGUCUGGAGGCCAUGCUUGCUAUUGUGUCGAGCAAACGCGUCACGCCCAAGAUGACCAUCCAGCAGGAUACGCGCAUCGGAGCAAAGCAUCUGUCACCAGCAUCCUACAUCGCCGACAUCCUCACGGAGCUGCUGCUGAGCGUGGAUGAGGAGGAGAAGGAGAAGAAGGAGGAGGAGGAGAAGAAGGAGAAGAGCGGAGAUGAGCGUCUCGCCAGGGAGAACACAACUCAUGUGGUGGAGGUUGCUGUCUCCCGCCCCUUGCUUGCGCUGCUCGUGCAUCGUGCUCGUGAGAUGAGGCUUUUGGGCGCUGGUACGCAACGCACGGCUCGCGUACUCCGCGCACUGGAGAUCCUGGUGGGCAUGCGCGGAAAUGCGCUCGAGUUUGUGUGGGGCACACCCGACGCGGCUGGACCCGGGGAUGCGCCGGCGAAUGGGCCUCAAGACAGCGACAGUGACUGCUUUGGCGACUUGCUCGACGAACUCGCGGAGUGUUUGGCCUCAGAAGGACAGACGCAUACCGUUGCGUGGUGUCGCUUAAUGGGUGUGGUCAUGCGCACGAUGGAAUCGAAUCUGGAGCCCCUACGACUGGCACUGCGACGGCAUGUCAGCCGCAACGCUGAGCGGUUUGCCAGUUCGACUCGGGGGUCUGGGAUGAAGUUCCUGCUCAGCGUGUUCAAGGACGCACUCAAGCGCUGCGGCUGUCGCACCUACGACAACGAUGCCGUGGUGGUUGACACGCGCGCUCGCCUCCAGGCACUGAUCAAGGACCUGACCCAGGAGGUCCGGCGGUCGUAG